AACGGUCCAUCAGUUGGAGUCACACCAGAGAGCGUACUGAUUCAGUUGGAAGAGUUGAGGAAAGAGAAUAUGGCAAUCCGCAAGGAAAUGAAAGAAUUGAGAGAACUUUAUGACAAUUUAGACAAACGUAUACUGCCGAUUUGCUCGACCAGAAAUUGGCUAAGUGGAUUAGGAAGACGCUUACUGAUAUUGGGUGAUGGUAAUUUAUCAUUCAGCGCUUCGAUCGUUUCAAUGCUAUCAUCAGAUCUCGAUCUGAUUGUGGCUACGGUUUUCGAAUACGAACAUUUAUUCGGGUUGCGUUAUCCAUCAGCGAUUGAAAUGCUCGAGAGACUGAGAGAUUCAUAUCCACGUGUUCGUGUUGUAUUUGCUGUUGAUGCACGACGGAUUCCAUCCGAGUGGAUGACAACGUUCCGAUUCGAUGAUAUCAUUUGGAAUUUCCCACAUCCUGGUUGUAAAACAAACUUGCGCAAAAGUCGACAGCUGAUGAGAGAUGUCUUUGAGAGUGUGUCCUCUUCACUACCAAAUGCGAAAUUUCAUGUAACAUUAGCAAGGAAUCAAUCAGGUUUAGAUCAUGAAUCAGUCAUAUGCAACAGAAAUCUUUUCCAACGCUCAACUCCACCAUCACAUCGCUCUGAUAGUUGGCAGAUUGCUUAUUUGGCUGCUGAAUCAGAUUACAUUAUCGACGCAGUGCAUUCCUUUGCUCCUCAACUGUUUCCCUUUUACAGUGCUUCUGGAUAUCGUAAUCGUGAUCGACGUUUUCACAACGAUUCCAACGCUGAAACAUUCACUUUCAUUAAAACUCCAGCUAUAAGCGUCUUGCACGAAUUGAAGAAAUACGAGAUGAGAAAAGAUGACGAAAAGAAAUUUGGAUGCUUCCAUGAGUUGAGGCCAUAUUUUAAGCAUGAUAUCUCGAUAUUGUUUGAAGAAACAAAUGAGAUAUCGUAUUGGGAAGGUGUUUUGUUUGAGGUGAUCCAUGAAGCGUGUGGUUCACUUGUGGUGACCAUUGAAGAAUUAGAAGAAUUGAGAUCCUUUGCUCCGAACGGUUUGCCGAAUCGAAUUUAUCGACUCAUAUGGCAGUCAUGGAGCAAAGCGUUAAGUAAAAAGUUGUGCAAUUCUCUGCAAGAACAACUUCGAGAUUUUAUUGUGUUCGUUGUGAAGAAACGUCACUUGAAGAUGUUAAGAAUAUNUGAGAUGAUGUCAACGGGUAAUGAUUAUGUAUCUUGUUUUAACUUGCAGCAAGGUGUUGCCAGUUUAAUGUCAAAGCCUGCUGAGCAGGCAAGUGGCAAACCUGCCGAGAAGCCAUCUGCCGGAGGGGCUGAUGGUGACGAAGAUUUUGAAUUGUUUGGUUCAUCGGAUGAAGAGGUCGACGAAGAGAAGGAACGUAUCAAAGAAGAGAGACUGAAGGCUUACGCAGCUAAAAAAGCGCUUAAGCCAGCGACUAUCGCAAAGUCGUCCGUUAUUUUAGAUGUUAAGCCUUGGGAUGAUGAAACACCAAUGGAGAAACUAGAAGAAUUCGUUCGCGGAAUCGAGAAAGACGGCCUUGUCUGGGGUGGUGGUAAGCUAAUUCCACUUGCUUAUGGCAUUAGGAAGUUGCAAAUCAUUUGUGUGAUCGAAGAUGAGAAGGUCUCAGUUGAUGACCUCAUCGACAUGAUUACCGAAGACGGAUCUGAUUUCGUGAGUUUUCUGCUAAUGUUCUUCAUUCAUUCACAUUCAAAUGAGGCGUUUUGUAAAAUUUACAUGCAGAAACAGUUCUCAUCACUGUUGUAA